AUGGCGGCUGCAGUUCUCAUGCCAACGGUUAGCUUCAGAGACGAGAGUAGUCAUGACGAUUGGAAAGUUCUAAGCAGAGACGAGUCAAAGAAGAAGAUGCAAACGAGUAUGAUGCUAUCCGAGAUAGACAUAUCGAUGGACCCGAAAUCGAUCAGGUCGUUGUCUCUGUCACCGUCUUUGAGAAGGAACGAUAGCUUCGAGAUGGUUCUGUUACCGGCGAUGUCACCACCUAGAGACUUAGAUGCGCCUAUGCCUCUUCCGUUGCAGCCAGUGAGGACUAAUAGUAAGUCUGUGAGCCGUAGCCUCCCAAACUCAACCGCUUCUUCUCCUAAACAACGUUCGGGUCUUAUGCGGUCACGCCCAAACUCAACCGCUAAUUCUCCUAAACAACGUUCGGGUCUUAUGCGGGCGCUGAAAGGCAAGGAACAAAACUCUUCUUCCUCCUCCUCCUCCUCCUCCUCCUCGUCGCCGUUAAGGAGAAGCAAAUCUUUUGGAUCAACGAGCAAGAGACUGUCUCUCAAGACCAACGGAAUCCGAAACUCUUUCUUCGUCAAAACCGAAUCGAACAAGAGCAUCAACAACAGCAGUGCGUUAGAAGACGGCUUCAAAUGCAACGCUCUCUGUUUAUACCUUCCCGGUUUCGGUAAAGGGAAACCGGUCCGAUCAUCGCGGAAGGACGACUCUUCUUCCUUCACCAGAACCACCACGAUGACGACAUCCUCAUCAUCGUCGGUUACCGUUUCGAGAACCGUCUCCGUCAGAGAAACAACCACAACCACCACAGUGAUCUCCUCAGCUCGAGCUUCGAUGGAGAAGUUCGAUUGCGGGUCUAACACCUCGGAGUCGGGAGGAGAAGAAGGAGGAAACCACUUCUUCGACUUACCGUCGGAGCUAAUCAAGACCGGUUCCGGUGAAAACGACCAUGACGAUCCGGUUUCAGCGGCUUUCGUGUUCGACAAGGAACCUAUUGAAAAAGAGAUCAAAGGGGUUUUGAAGAUGUCUGGUUCGAAAAACAGAAAAUCAAUGGAGUCUUCGCUACGUCACGUUAGAUUUUCCACGUCAUCGCCGGUUUCGUACCCGACGUCUCCGGCGAUCUCACCACGGUUGCUAGAAGCCACCAAGAAUUUCAAUGCUUUCUUGGACGCUCAAGCCAUUUGA